AUGGAAUGUUUGAAUAAUGGAUAAAGGACAGUUGCCCAACGUUAGUCUUUAGUCUGGUCUUCCACUGUAUUAUCUUGCAAGAAUUUUCUUUAGCCAACAAAGACUGCUCUAGAAAUAAUAGAGCAUUUUGCUGAAUGUUUGUGGUGACAGCUUGGUAAUAGCAGUGUCUCCAAGCCCUCUCCCCGAGGACUGCCACAUGACUGUUCUUUGGAAGACAUACUGACUCCACCUCAUUUGAUUCUCAUCCAGUGCAUUGGAGGUACCAGCAUAAUACAGAAAAUGUCCUUCUUUUUGGUGUCUGUCAAGCUACUUCUACUUCUUCGUGGGGCAGUCUCAGUGUUGGCAGAAGAGUUGCGGGCCCGCCCUUUCACUGAUGUGACCCUCUCCUGCCAUUUCUCCUUUGUGGAGGGCACAGAAAAUCUUGAAUUUUCUUGGGAAAGAGAAGACAUCAUAGAGGAAUAUGAGGUAGAUGAGGAUGAGAAAUUUUACCGUUUUUUCCGGCACUAUGAUUUCUUCGAAGUUUUCACAAAGUUAGUUUAUCACUUUCACAAUAACACAGAGCAACUAGAAGAGCAAAAUGCCAUGUAUGAAGGAAGAGUUUCUGUGGAUCAGGAUGAAAUUUCUGAGGGGACUCUAUCACUGCUGCUAAGAAAUGUGGACUUCAUUGAUGAAGCGAUGUACAAGUGCUCGGCCAUCACACCAGAUGGAAGAGGCCAAAGUACAGUUAAGCUGAUUAUAGAAGAUGCUGAAAUGCCCCAGGUGCAAUUUGACAAGACUGAUGAAGAGCCUGUGGCCAUUUGCAUCUCCAAUGGCUGGUACUUUGCACCCAAUGUGACCUGGUUGGACCGGGGUGAGAGGGACCUGAGUAACCAAAGUACAGUUGAAAUCCUGGAGGAGCAGAUAAAUGGCCUCUUCCGGGUGUACUCUGUCCUGAAAUACCCAGUCAAGUUAAAUGAGAAAUACGUCUGUAGUAUCCAAGAGACAGACCAGAACUACAGGCCCAUCAGAAAGAUCCGCAGGUACCCAAAGAGAAGAUAUCCCCAAUCAUAUGGCUACUACUAAGAGAGGUGAAUAACGGCUACUCAAGCACCUGUCUUGCCUUAAACCACUGGAGUGCUUGGUUUCUUUUGUGGAUGGUAUAUUUUUUAUCCUAAACAAAAUAAAUUGAUCAAUCAUGAACAGAAAAAGUAAGGAGGUAAGAGGACUAGCAUGUUACCUAGAAGCUCAUACAUUUUGCCUUUCUUUUAUCUAUAUGUUGAAGUCUUGUCUCUUCAUUUCUAUUUUUGUUUUAUUUAGAAGAUUUAACUGUAUUUGCACUUAUGCCUAUCAUGUUAAAUUCUGAAUAAUAUUCAAAACUCUCAAGUACAAAAUAAAGAAGAUAAAACCUGA